AUGUGCAAAAAAUCAGAAGACACAUCUUCUGUUAGCCCUAUGGCUACUGGUGUGGAUCCAAAUAUUCGGGCCAUACUAGACGCUAUGCAGAAGCAGAACGAAAUCAAGUUAAGAAAACUGUUAAAGGAGACUAUUAAAGAAGCGACUAGUGGGAGUUGUCAGGAUAGUUUAGUUUCUAAUAGUUUGAACAAAAGCUUGGAGACGAAAAACGUUACUGUAGAAAAUGAAGAGAUGGUUUUGAAAGAAUUUCCAAAAGAAUUGCAGUCUAAUGUAGGAAAUUCUUGUGAAAAGAAAAAAACCAGAAAGAAGGAAGACCAAAUGAUGACAGCGAAAAUUGCGUGUGACGCUACAGAAUCAAAAAAUUCAGCAGAUCUUAUGUCGAGAAAUUUAGAUGCUAAUACACAAAAGAAGUCUUUAGAGAAUAAAGAUGACAAUAAUCCAUCUCCAUCUAUGUUAGAUAGGGCGCAUGAUCCAAAAUUAAAUAAUAAAAUAAAAGGUUUUGUUACUGAAAAGUUAGAGAGAUUUCAUGAUAACAAAAGCAUUACCUGUGCAGAGUGCAGUGUAUCAAUGUGCACUAAAAAUGCAAGCAACGUGACGAUUACUUUUAGAACACCACAAGCAUCACGAAAACACAAUCAAGACCAAACAAGAUCAAGUUCAAAAGUGAAGUUACGUGAGCUUAUUACUGCUAACGACCAAAAAUUGAAUUACGAUCCCGAGCAUCAACUCGCUGAUCUUCAAGUAGAAUGUUCCGACAAAGACAGGACGACACAAGAGUUCGAGAAGCACAUAGAGGACAUGAAGGAGGAAGAAGAAUUAGGUGAUAUAAUAAAACUUCAUGAUGAAGAAAAAUAUAAACUGAUACAGCAUUGGUGUUCUGUAGAAUGUCAAACUGCCAUAAAGGGUUACAUUGAUGGAAAAGUGCAUAAGGAAAGUAGUGAGACAGAGAGCAUAAAGAACGCUGCGAUUAAUGAAGUAGAACAAGAAAUAAUAAAUAAGGACCCACAAAUUGAUGAUCAAUAUAAAAAAAAAAAAAAAGAUGAGAAAUUUCAAGAAGAGCAAGCAGAGAAUACAACUGAGAUUGGAGAUCAUUCAAGAUAUGCAGGUGACACAUCUUUAGAUAAAGAAAGUACGAACGAUGUUGAAAUAUUUAAUACAAAUGAGGGUGAACAAAACAUUGAGAAACACAACGUUUGUACAGUGUUAAAUAUAGAUACAGUUAGUGUUACUAAUGCUCAGUGUCAAGCAUUAAUUAAAACACUUGGUGAAACUUUUGAUGAUAAAGCCCAAACAUUGCAUGUCACGGAUACAGACACAGAUUUGUCUAAACUAGUUGAUAGUAGUUCAGAAGUAAUGGUACUGACUGUAGAAACUACUAUAUAUUAA